UUUUCAGAGUUGGUAAGACACAACUCUCUCUUCUUUCUUUCUGCUCUUAGCUUGAGUUUUACAGCAAACAUAGAAAGCGCACAAAAGAAGAGAGAGAGAGAGAGAGAGACUUUAGAGCUCUCUAUCUCUCUAUUUUUUUCAUAGAAGCAUGCAAACUCAAAACCAUUUCAUAGUACUUUUCAUUUCUACCCUUCACAAUUCACUCACCACUCAUUAUUCUCUCUCUUCUUCCUCUGCCUUUGGUCAACCUUUGACUUUUCACGUUCAUGGCGGUCUCAGACGUCGAAGCAGUGCUAGAGUUCUUGAGGAAAAAUGGGUUUUCGGAGGCCGAGUCAGCUCUCAGACAGGAUAUGAUUGAAAAGGGUCAUCUGGGUGCCUUUGAUUUCGAGAAAUUCUUCUUUCCAAUGGUGCCACCUCCGCCGCCGGUGAGAAUUCCGUCCAGUGUACGGCGAACGGAGAUCCAGGGUGCUGCAGCUGAAUCUUCAAGAUCGAGUUCUAAGUCCGAAGAUGAUGAGUUUGUGAGCAUGGGGUCUUCUACUUCGGAUGUGUGUUCUUCAGAGUUCGUAAACCCAUAUGGUGUUAGAUCUACAUCUCAAGAUGCUUCUGAAGUUUCAUCAGAGAAUUUAUCUCAAUUCGGCACAGCACGCGAUUAUCCUGAUUUUGAUUUGCAAAAUGACUUGUUUUGGUAUGAUGAGAAAGACAAUGGGGACUUCAUGACUCCCAGCUAUGAAGGGCCAGACUUCUUUGGCUGUCCAAGUGAAGAUAAGUUUGUGAUGACUUCAGAGAACAAGAAGCAACAUGAGGACUCAACGGAAAAGGAAUGUCUUUUUUAUAUUUCUCCCUUGAAUGAUGAAAAUGAGCUGCAUGUGGUGGACUAUUAUCAUGUUGAUAGUAAUAAUGAGCAUGCAGGGUGCACUAAGGGGGAAUCCAAAGGUUCUGCUUCUUAUUGUUCAACCCCUUUCUGCAAAUGCUGUGCAGGAGCUGGAGGAUUUUAUGGUGGAAAUCCAGCAGACUACAGCAAUCUGAGCUCAAAAGAAACUGAUUUGAAUGAUAUUCAGUUAGAGUUUGUAGGGGAUAUUCCCGCUGAUUGUGACUCUACUGCACAACAUAAAAUAAACAAAACUACCUACUCUGUUAAAAGGGGUUCCACAAAUGACUGGGUUGAAGAUUGUAAAGGUUCCCCUGACUUUCACAUUAAGGUUGCUGAGAAGGAUUUCAUACCAAAUGGAAUUGAAAGCUAUGAAUUUGAAGAUGGUGGAAAGGUAAAUGCAGAACCCCAGGAGCCUGAUGCUGCUGCAGAAGGAGAGGAUGUUACUGAUGAACUUCUAAUGUACAAUACUAACGAUGAUGAAUAUGAAGUAUUUGACCUCAGAAUCAUACACAGAAAAAACAGGACAGGAUUUGAAGAAAACAAGGAUCUGCCUAUUGUGAUAAAUACUGUCAUUGCCGGCAGAUAUUACGUAACAGAGUACCUGGGUUCGGCCGCUUUUAGUAAGGUUGUUCAGGCACAUGAUCUUCACACAGGAAUCGAUGUUUGCCUUAAGAUCAUAAAAAACGAUAAAGAUUUUUUUGACCAGAGUUUAGAUGAAAUUAAACUUUUAAAGCUUGUCAACAAGCAUGACCCUGCUGAUGAACGCCACAUUUUGCGUCUUUAUGACUACUUUUAUCAUCAGGAGCAUCUCUUCAUUGUUUGUGAACUCCUCCGGGCAAACUUAUAUGAAUUUCAGAAAUUCAAUCAAGAAUCUGGUGGAGAAGCUUAUUUUACCUUGAGCAGAUUGCAGGUUAUAACCCGUCAAUGUUUGGAGGCAUUGGCAUACUUGCAUCACUUGGGAAUUAUUCACUGUGAUCUAAAGCCAGAGAACAUACUCAUCAAAAGUUACAGAAGAUGUGAGAUAAAGGUUAUUGAUCUUGGUAGCAGUUGCUUUCAAACUGACAACUUGUGCCUGUAUGUACAGUCUCGUUCCUAUCGAGCUCCUGAAGUAAUCCUGGGCCAUCCAUAUGACCAAAGGAUUGACUUGUGGUCUCUUGGCUGUAUCUUGGUGGAGCUAUGCUCUGGGGAAGUGCUGUUUCCUAAUGAUUCAAUUGUAAUGAUCCUUGCACGCAUGAUUGGGAUGCUUGGUCCUAUUGAUCUCGAGAUGUUGGAACAAGGGCAGGAGACGGACAAGUAUUUCACACAAGAAUAUGAUCUUUAUCAGAUAAAUGAGGAAACAAACCAACUGGAGUACAUAAUCCCCGAGUCAUCCUUGUUGGAGCAUCGCCUGCAGGGUACUGAUGACAUGUUUAUUGACUUUGUAAGAAACUUGCUUGAGAUCAAUCCAAAGCAGCGCCCGACAGCAGUCGAGGCACUAGAGCACCCAUGGCUUUCCUACUCUUACUAGUCCAGUUCUUUCUAAAAUCUCUGGAGUUCAUUCUUUGUGGGAUUAUUUAAGUCAAUUUUGAUGAGUCUCAUAAGCUGAGUAGCGCUUAGCAUGGGAAUGGAAUGUGUUUCUGAUUUCAGUUUUGGUUUUGUAUAUGCCUUUUUGUAAGGGCUUUAUUGUAUUGUACAUUUAUUUAUUAAAUUAACACGGUUUUUUUGUACAAA